AUGAAAUCUUUUAGUUUUUUCGUAUUAUUAAACGUAUUAAUCCUCUUCGCUUACGCUCAGGAUCAAACACCUCCAGCAGCAGCUACUUGUGAACUAACUUUCGCUAUACAACAAGGCUCAACAUGUACACCAUGUCAACAAGCCCUUUUUAAACAUAAUACAACGGAUUCAUCAUUUAUCGAGACUAAAAAACCACCUUCUGACAAAUGCUUGUUUACUAGUAUUCUCAUUUAUUAUUUAACUGUAAAUAAUCCUCCUGAUGAUGAUAAAAAGUUACAAAACCUAGAUUCACAAAAAAUAACAGCAGCUUUAAAUCAAGCUUGCGCUGAUACCGCAAAUAAUGCAUGUAGUGUAUCAGAUUCUAAAAAUGCUUAUACCGAAGUUUCUAAAGCUUGUGAUGUAGAAGUGAAUAAAUAUAUUUCUACUAAUGGAACUGGAAAUGGUGGAACUAAUAUUAGUAGUGACGGAGGUAGAGCUAUAUCAACUAUGAUUGAAUAUUAUGUGGCUAUACCUACAAGAGAUAAUUUUUGUUUGAAAGUAAAUGACCAAUAUUGUACGGUUAAAAGUUUUGAACAAUCGGAAGCGAAUCAAAAUACAACCACUACAGAUAAGAAUACUUUUAAUGCUUUAUCAUGUGAAGAUGAAUGUAACAAACAAUCUUAUAAGAAUCUUUUAAGUUAUCAAUCAUCUCAUCCUCCUGAUACUCGUAAUUUACAAAAGGUUUUUAUUGGUAAAAACAACCCAUUACAAGAAUAUGAAGAACGUUGUCCUAGUAUGACUAGUAAUAUUGCUAAUAACUUUAAAUCUGCCGGUCAGAAACUUACUCAUCAAUUUUAUAAUUAUUCUGGAGUUAUUUUAAUUAGUCUUGUAGGAUUUAUUUAUACAACUUUUAUGUAA